GCAGUUUUUGUCUCUUUGUUUCCAGUCAUCCUUUCCUAAGAAGUCAUGUCUUGCCCGUCGAGCCCUGGAAGCGGAGCCACUAAUUUUACUUCCCAAUCAGCUGUCCUGCCAUCAUCAGGAAGCAAAGACCAUGUCGGUUCUCCUUGCCGGGUCAGUUCUCCUUGCCCUAACAAAACAGGCAGCUCCGGGUUUAAGGGAGCUGGUUAUUUUAGUAGUCGCAGCCUCUCCUGCUACAGCUCCAAAGGGUCUAAGGCUGCACUUGGUAGCUGCCGUGCUGCUAGAUAUGGAUACGGCUCCCGGCGAGGCAGUUCUGGAUUUGGCUGCUUGGGGGGCACCGGAUCCAGUUAUGGUUCCUAUGGAUUUCGACGUAGUGGAACCACUGGCGCUGGCACCCCCUUCAUCACACCUGUCACUUGGAAUGAGACUCUACUGCAACCUCUCAAUUUGGAACUCAACUCUUCAGCCCAAGCAGUGAAAUGCCAAGAGAAGAAUGAACUCCAGUGCCUGAACAGCAAGUUUGCUUGUUUCAUUGACAAGGUCCGACGCCUUGAGCAGCACAACCUGAUGCUGAAGACCAAGUGGGACUUCUUGAAAGAAAAGAAACGGCAAAAAAGUAACAUGGAACCCCUAAUUAACGAACACGUCAGUAUACUGAAGAAGGAACUGGAAUGCCUAGAAUGGGAAAGGUCCCAGCUGCAGGUGGAAAUGAACAAUUGGCGAGAAACCAUGGAAGGGAACAAGAAAAGGUUUGAAGAGGAAAGCAACAGAAGAUCUUGUGCUGAAAAUGAAUAUGUGGCACUUAAAAAGGCAAUGGAUUGCAUUUUUAUGGACAAGUCAGAGAAAGAAUCCAAGGUGGAGGCUCUGAUGCGAGACAUCUGCUUUUACAGAGUUACUUUUGAGGAGGAAAUUGGUGAGUUGCAGUCGCGCAUCUCAGACACAUGUGUCACAGUGAAAAUGGAUAACAGCCGAGCCUUAGAUGUGGCCUGCAUUGUCGAAGAAUUCCGGGCUCGGUAUGAGGACAUUGCCUCCCGGAGCCGAGCUGAGGCAGAGGCUUGGUGCCAGUGCCAGUAUCAAGAGCUGAAGACAACUGCUGCCAAACAUUGUGACAGCCUACGCAAUGUCAAGGAUGAACUUAGUGAAUUGUCACGGAUGGUUCACAGAAUGGAAGCAGAAAUUGCAAAUGUCAAAGCCCAGCGUUGCAAACUGGAGGAGGAGGUGGCCGCUGCUGAGGAGCGUGGGGAGAUAGCUGUGAAAGAUGCCAAACACAAGCUGGCUGAGCUGGAGGAAGCCCUGCACAAGGCCAAGCAGGACAUGGCCUGCCAACUGCGGGAGUACCAGGAGCUGAUGAGCCUCAAGCUGGCCCUGGAUAUUGAGAUCGCCACCUACAGGAAGCUGCUGGAAGGAGAGGAAUACAGGUAA